AUGGGCGAGGUGGCAGCCCGCAUAUGCCGGAACGGUGCCAUCAGCCUGGCCAGGUUGUCCUUACUCAUCCUGACCAGCGCGCUCGACGCCUGGCCGUGGGGCCACGAGGGCGCCAGCACAGUGCUCGCGGCUUGCUGCAAGCCCGACACUCUCGGGGAGCUGCUGCGCACAACCGCACUCCGCGGCGCUGGCUGCGGCGGCGCCGGCAGCGAAGUGGCGGCCGGCGCGGGCGCGCCCGCGAGUCCAGGGCAGCUUCCGACUCUUGUGGACGCUGGUUGUGCAGCGCAGCUGCUGGCAUCGAUCGCGGCCCACGAGGCGCUGUCCAUGCGGCCGUCCAGCAUCGCCGCCAUGCCAGCAGCGGCCGCUGCCGCAGUGGCGAGCCUGCGCUAUUGGCUUGAGGUAGACAGCGGGAAGAUGACUUAUGGCAACAUGUCGCGAGUCCAUCAAGUCUGUGUGCUGGUGUUCAGCAUCGUCGCUGGCGGCGGCGCCGACGGCGAGUCAUGGGCGGCCACGUUGUCGCGCCUGGGAGCGCAGCAGCUGCUGCGGCGCGUCGCGGCCGAGAUAGGGCCAAGGAAUCCCGAGUGGGCGGCGGCCGCAGCAGCAGCACUUUACGCCGUAGUGCACGCAUCGGGUCAGCAGCAGCAGCAGCAGCGGCAGCAGCAGCAGCAGCAGCAGCAGCAGCAGCAGCAGCAGCAGCAGCAGCAGGAGCAGCAGCAGCCUGCACAAGGCGGCACCACCAGCGGGCUUGAGGAAGGUGAGGAGGAGCAGCAGGCCGCUGUCGUCGCCUUGGUGGACGCGGGGCUUUACGCGGUCCCGCAACUGCUCUUGCUGGCGGCCCUGCGGCCUGGCUGGCGGUCCCGGCUCAUCCAGGUGCCAGACAUACUGGAGCUGCUGUCGACCGCGGCGGCCACCCCUGACCAGGGCGAGUACAGCCAAAAGGCCCUCCGCACCCUCUGCCUGCUGGCUGUCAGCGCGGCGCCGGCGGAGCGCCUGCCAAGCUUUGCGCGGGCCGUGCUGGAGGUGUGCAACCAGCGGCCCGCUGACGCAUGGGCCGGACUCCCUGCGCUGGAGAGCGAUGGCGGGGCCGUGGAGGAGGUGUUGGGGUGCCUUGCGGGCUGUCAUGACACGCGCGUUAGGGACCGCGCUGCCCUGGCUCUGACCCAGCUGAGGGUCGGCAAGCUUCACUUGGUGCAGCCCCCGUCGCAGCAGCCCCCGUCGCAGCAGCAGCAGCAGCAGCAGCAGCAGGAGGAGGAGGAGCAGCAGCAGCCCCCGUCGCAGCAGCAGCAGCAGCAGCAGCAGCAGCAGCAGCAGCAGCAGCAGCAGGAGGAGGAGGAGGAGCAGCACCCGUCGCAGCAGCAGCAGCAGCAGCAGCAGCAGCAGCAGCAGCAGCAGCAGCAGCAGGAGCAGCAACAGAAGCACCAGCUGCAGCAGGAGCAGGAGGAGCCAGGCACGCAGCAGGCGCGAAGCACACGAGCUAUAGGGGGCGCAAGGUUGGAGCGCCUACGCAGCGCGUGUGCAGUCUGCGGGAGGACAGCGCUGGAGGGCGCCGAGCUGCGGCGCUGCGCGGGCUGCGGGCGCGUCACCGGGACGCGGUACUGCAGCCAGGAGUGCUGCAGGACGGACUGGGUGGUGCGGGGCCACCGCGCGGUGUGCGAGGCCGUGCGGCACAGUCGAGCUCAGAUUCAAUCAGUGUAG